CCCCUCUCGGCGGCUGGCUCGGGCUCGCCCGCUCCGCCGGGGCGCUGACUCAGCCGCGGCCGGGCUGCCGCGCACACAGCCCGGCCUGGCAGCGCCCCCUGCGCCCCGCCGACCCCGGCCGGGAGGCGCCGCAGCCAGCCAGGGCCCCGCCAGCGCACGGGACAGGCCUUUCCAGCCACGCCAGCGCCGGUGCCUGCCCUCCACGGGAAGGUCACUGCUCUCACCGGCUCCCGGCUGUGAUGUCUCGCCACCCCCUCUUCCUCCUGCAGCAGCCCCACCCAGGGGGCCGGCCCACCCUGUGGCCCUUAUGAAGAGGUGACCACUCCGGCCAGCAGGGGCGGAAGAUGGUACCAGGCAGCCUGGAGCCGGAGGAGGAGCCUGCAGCCGCCGCCCUGCGAUGGAGGAGCCCACGCCCGAGCCCGUCUACGUGGAUGUGGACAAGGGGCUGACCCUGGCCUGCUUCGUCUUCCUCUGCCUCUUCCUCGUCGUCAUGAUCAUCCGCUGCGCCAAGGUCAUCAUGGACCCUUACAGCGCCAUCCCCACCUCCACCUGGGAGGAGCAGCACCUGGACGACUGAGGCGCGGGGGGCGUCCCCGCAGACACGGGGGGGGGGGUGGACUUGGCCCCCGGGGUGGGAAGAGCCACUGUAGCCUCGCCUGCUCUCACACGAGCGCCAGAGGGACGCGCUUGGGGUGCUGGGGGGGGCCCAGACGCCGCCCGUUGGGGGUCACGUGGCCGGUCGCCCGCCCUGGCUCCAGCGCAGACGCCCCUCCGUCACACCACAGCGGUCUCGCGUGGAGGGGACCUUCUGCCCCGGAGAUGCGGAGGAGCACGUGCACCGGCCCCGGGGGCUCCCGGCUCGGGUGUCCCUCCCCCCCGAACCCAAGCGCCACCCAGCGCGCCAGCGCGGACAGAGAUGGAGGUGUCGCCCCCGAAAACCCACCCAAGGCGCCGGGGCCGCUUCCCAGCCGUAUUUUUUUUAAACUAAAAGAGAGAGGGGUAUAUUUUUCCUGCUGCAGGUGAAAUGUGCAUUUUAGAAAUUGGGGGAAAUACAAAAAAAAAAAUAGAAGGAAAGGGAGGAAAUAACACUUAUAAUCUCCCCUCCCAGAAGCCGCCACUUUGAAAUA